UGAGAGAAAACUUCCAUUCAUAUAGAUUUUACUACUACCAUUGAUAGGUUAAAGGUGAAAAUGGAAAGUCUUGCAAAUCAUAGACUUUUUUUUUAAAAGACUUAUUUAUUAUAUGUGAGGACACUGUAGCUGUCUUCAGACACACCAGAAGAGGGUGUCAGAUCUCAUUACAGAUGGUUGUGAGCCACUAUGUGGUUGCUGGGAUUUGAACUCAGGAUCUUCAGAAAAGCAGUCAGUGCUCUUAACCGCUUGAGCCAUUUCUCCAGCCCCCAAUCAUGGACUUUUUUAGAUUUUGUGUCUAUGUCUGUGUAAGUGUAUGUGUACAUAUAUGUACAUGGAAGGAUUUUUAAGUGUUUUUGUUUCAGAAAUUAUAGGCUUGGGUUAAUAUUUAUGUCAGAGUUACUUAAUACAUUAAUAAAUAUUAUAAUCAUAUAUUAGUAGAGAAAAUUCAUCCUUUUAUAAUGAAACUCAGCAGAAUGAGAGUGUUUUGCUAUUACCAUGUAUUGGGCAUCUCAAGGAAAAUACAGUGUCAUAGGAAGUAGAUUUGGAUAAAUUUAAACUGCAUAUAUUAGGUAGACAGGAAAAGGUUCAAAAAGGAAACAUAAUUGAUAAUGGGGAAAGGAGAAAAUGAUAGAUAUAUUCAGUUAAUACAAAUGAGACAAAGAUGGCGGUAGGAAAUAGCAAGAUAGUAAUAAACAGUGUACACAUGUCAGCACAUGGUCUGAAAAGUGUCAACAGUAGUGUUUGUUUUGUUUUCAGACACAUCUCAUGGUAGCUCAGGCUGUCCUCAAACUAUGGAAUUGAGGGGGACCUUCUCAUUGAACUCCUGACUUUUCUAUCUCUCCCUCGGUUUGGAAUGCUUCGGUCAGUAGAGGACAUGCUAUGUGGUGCUAGGAACCUCGAAAGCUCAAGCUCUCCUGUUUGGAUCUCUUGGUCCAAGUGUUUGGCUUGGUAGGUUAAUGCCUGCAAGAGCUGAGGAAAAUGUUGACUCCACCCAUCUCAGGGCUAACCUUUUCUCUGGUUAGAUACUAAGGUAUUACUCUAGGCUUAGUUUCUGGACAUUGGAAUUUGCUCGUCUCUUUGUAAUAAUCAGAACAGGGUUCAAAGUACAGAACCAUACAUCUCUAUCAGAAGAUUCUUAGUUCAAAGGAGACAUAAAAUGGCAAGCACAAAACAAGGGCAGAAAGAUGAUGGCAGGAGUUGCAUCAGGACGUGAUGAACAUGCCUUUGCUUUAGGAUUAUAUGCUGCUCGUCUUCAGUGGUUUUUUGUUUUGUUUUUGUUUGUUUUUUUGGUUUUUCGAGACAGGGUUUCUCUGUGUAGCCCUGGCUGUCCUGGAACUCACUCUGUAGACCAGGCUGGCCUCAAACUCAGAAAUCCGCCUGCCUCUGCUUCCCAAGUGCUGGGAUUACAGGUGUGCGCCACUACACCUGGCUGUCUUCAGUGUUUUGAAGUGGUCUAGGUCUGCAGGGAAGUUUGUUCUCAUUCAUCUGUCGCUGAAGCAUUUGUUUUUUUACCCCAGGGUCUGUAGGAAGCCUCUUUAGUGAUCAUUUCCAGACAACUUAGAUAACAAUGGAUAGCUUGUCCUUGUGAAAAUGUUACUUUCUACUUGCAUUUUGACCCUUUUCCCAGAGUUUUUAUUUUGUACAGUUAGAUGGUUAGAGCGUGUCAGAUCCUUCUCCCAGUGACAGAGCACUCACUGCAUUGAUGCAUGGUAGGCCAAACCCUAAUGAAUUCUUUAUUCUUGGGAUGGGUCCAUUUCACAAAAAAAAUUAGCAUGCAGUAGCUGUAUUCCAUUAGCAUUAUCAACAUGUUUAAUAGGAAACAUUGGGGCCUGUGUGCUGUCACUAAGCCACAAAAUGAACACAACUGCUCUACUUUUUAAUUGUUUGGUUAGAUUCUGUUAUUGGCAGUUGAAACUGUUCUGACAUCCUGUCAAAUCCCACUACUAUUCAAUUCAAAUGUUUUAAUAACCAUGCAGCCAAUCCCUGAGUAACCUGACAUUAGCAUAACAAAUUAUGUUGGCACUGGGUGGGAUGGCCUCAUCUUUGAUCCCAGCACUUGGGUGGCAGAAGCAAAUGGAUGUCUUCUGUGUUAGAGGGCAGACUGGUCUACAUAGCAAGUCCUGGAGCAACUGAGUAAGACCUUAUCUCAAAUGAAAGAGAGAAGAGACCUAGGGUUUAUUUGGAAUUUUCAAGGUACUGAUUCUGUUUGUUGUCCCCCUCCCCCCCAAACUCUUUCAUAAUCUGGCAAAUCUUUUCACUUAACAUCUUAUAUUUUAAAUUACCCUCUGUAUUAUCAAAGAGAGGCUCUUUGCUGCUGAGGAAAGCAAAGUUAAAAGGUGUCCAAAUGUGGGUCUGUGUCUAGCUACUAACGGAUACUGACUGAGGCACCCUUAAGUGCAGGGUCUGCUGGAGCUACACAAUGAGUUCAGGGUUAGCUUGGGUCAACCUUGUUUCAAAAUAAAGUUCAAAACAAGGAUAGGGGUCUGAGUACAGCUCAGUGUGGUAGAAAGUCUACUAUGUGUGAAGCCGUAGGUUCACCCUUAGUACCAAAAAGGAAAACCAGUUGGCACGAUCAUCUAAUUUGUGACAGUUCUAGAACGAACUUUAUGGUUUGAAUCUUCAGUUCGCUGCUCAGUGUUGAUUACAAGAGACAUUUGCUACUGGGGCCGGUCCAGACAUCCUGCGAAGGAAAUCAGUGAUGUCCGCUAUGGGUCGGUCUAGCAUUCGGUUGGAUUACACCUGUCGGGUACAAUGCUUCAUGGCCGUAGAAUACUCUGGGGUCGGACGCCAGUAACCAGGCUAACCUGGCCUGAACUUGUGAUUGUACAAGAUAACCUCUUACAUACCGUGGCCCCACAAUCCAUCUGAGACACGGGGCUUGGGCCUGGCUGAGCCUGGGUCUGGGGGCCUCUCAUUCGCCUCGCCCCAGCCGACCGAAAGCUCAGGCGCCCCCGUGUCUGUGUGUUCCCGCAUUCCGUGACCGACUCCAGGGUGGUUCGGCCUCUGUUUUCGGAAUCACCGUGUCCCUCAGGGACCAUUCUACUGCUCCGACUGAACCCAUCACCAGGCGGGGCACUCACCACCGAGACCCAGCCUGAGGAACCGGAAACGGCUGCCAGUAGAAGCUCAGGGAUAACUACGUCUCUCGGUUGCCAGGUGCGUUUCAGGUCCUCGGGAAGCUGCUCAAUUGGUCCAUUAAGGAGGGACCGCCGCCUCGGGAGUACGCUAGCCAAUCAGGAUGCAGGAUGGCUGAGCCGGGGGGCGCGUCGCUUCCGGCGGUUUCCCUACAGCUACUGCGUGGGGAGCAUGGGAGCGUGGGAGUUUUGUGGUGGCCUCCGCCUCCUUUGUCGCGUCUCGGCUGGGCGUGGCUUCGUGCUGCUUCUGCCGGGUUGGGCGAGGCUGUCGGUGCUCCGGGGCUGGUGACUGUGGCUGUUUCAAAGCUGUUUUGGAGAGAGGCGGUCACCUCAGAUCCUCAAAGGAGAGUGAGGGUUUCGAGGAGCCCGAGGACGGAGUGGAAAGGCCGGGCAGCGGAGUCGGAGACUCUCCACCCGAAGUGUGGUCCCAGCGUGGGGACUUGAAGGAGCCCUUCGCCUCCCCAGAUGGCGUCCACGCUCCCUACAUCCGAUGAGCAGGAACCACUGCUAUUUGAAGAUCUGGAUGUCUAUUUUUCUCAAGAGGAAUGUGUGAGUCUGCACCCUGCCCAGAAGACUCUCAGCAGAGAAGACUCACUGGAGAGUUUUGAGGAUUUGGACUUGAUAGGCCGGGAAGACCAGACUGUGGCCAGUCAGAAGUUAGGCCUAGAGCCUGUGGAACUUGAAGAGCUGUCCUUAGAAACACACUCCAUUGCUGCACCCCUUGUCCACGACUCUGAACCAUCUGAGGAGGAUGUUGAAAUACAGGAAAGCAAAAUGUCAGGUGGAUCUUUGACUUGCAAGACCAAGCUUAUCAGCCUCUUGGUUACCAUUGACAACCAAACCCCAUUAGUAGAGUUAUCUCAAUGUUUGGGAGUCAAAACACUUUCAGAUAUUAUUGAAGUUCCUUGGGAAGAAGCCACUGCGUACAAGUGUCCUGACUGUGACCAAAGUUUCAGUGACAACACAUACCUUGUUUUGCAUCAGAAAAUUCAUUCAAGAGAGAAAAAGUAUAAAUGUAGUACCUGUGAGAAAACCUUCAGUCACAGAACUAACCUGAGGACACAUAAGCGAAUCCACACUGGUGAGAAGCCUUACAAAUGUACCAAGUGUGCUUCCAGCUUCCGACAGCAGUCACACCUGUCCCGGCACAUGAGUAGUCAUGUAAAGGAGAAACCACAUACAUGUAGUGUAUGUGGGGAAAGUUUUAUGUGGCUCCCAGGACUGGCAGAACAUCAGAAGAGUCAUACUGAUACGGAACCUUAUAAAUGUGCUGACCAUGAUCAGGAAACCAAUCUGGCUUUGCCUGAAGAAAGAGGCCCAUCAGACACACCAUCCCAGCACACACUGUGUGUGAAGACCUCGGAGCAGCCCUCAGACCCUACUCUCCCUGAGAAAGACCAUAAGGAGGACUCUAAACGCUGCAGUAUUGAUGAUGACGACUUUUUUUCAUUCUCCAGAUUCAAACCCUUACAGUGUCUUGACUGUGACAUGACUUUUCCUUGUUUCUCGGAGCUUGUCUCUCACCAAACCAUUCAUGACCUGGAAAAACCUCAUAAGUGCAAAACAUGUUCAAAAACUUUUGCUGUAGAGUCAGAACUUGCAUCCCACGAGAAGAGCCACAGAAGAGAAGAGCCUUUUAAAUGCACGGUGUGUGGGAAGAGCUUCAGAGUGAAUGCACAGCUUCUCGCUCAUAAACGAACCCAUAGGAGAAACAGCAAGUAAAUACACGUUUUUGCUCCCGUUAGACUGGUCAGCACUACUAUGUACAGGGCACUGUGCUAAGCAAGCACUUUACACACAUUCCAUGGAAUGUCGCAGUAUUAUUUAUUACAUCUGAUUAGAUCUGAGGAGAUAAAUCAGUGUUACAUAGAUAGUAUGUGAAGCCAGGAUCUAAACUCAGUUACUGACCAAAUUCCAUUUAUAUGAGCCAGGGAAACAUAAAACUUUAAAAUUCAAUUUUUGACUGCUGGGGAUGGUGGCUUACACUAAUCCCAGCACUCAGGCAGCAGAGGCAGGAGGAUUUCUGGGAUAUAAAGGACAGCCUGGACUACAGAGUAAGUUCCAGUCAAACCAAGGCUACAAUAUAGGGACUCUUUCAAAAACAAAAUAAUUCAGUUUUGUUUUUUUUUUUUUUUAAAUGAAGGUGGUUUUACAAUUCUUUCUUUAAAAAUGUGAUUUCUAAGAAUAUUUUAGGAAGAGGAAAUUUAUUUUUUGCAAGUUUUAUUACGUGAUGUAUCUAGGAAACUUCAUGUUUUUUAUAUGUUUUUAUGCUUUUCUUGUUAGGACUAUUUCAGUCUAAUGUUUGGGGUUUUUUUAAAAUGUGAAUUUCUAGUUUGGAACUCCAUAUAAAGUUACCAAAUUUGCCAACUUUUUUAACGUGUGUGUGUGGGGGGGGGAGCUGGGAGGCAGAGGUGGGGAGAGAGCUCGUGUAGCCUAGGCUGGCCUCAAAAUCAUCAUUUUCCUGUAUUCAUCUCCCAAUGCUAGGAUUAUUGGUAUAUACCACCGUGUCCAGCUAGUUAACAGCUUGAUUUCCCACCUUGAGACUUGAUGGCAGGGACAGGUCCUGACACUCUGGAGGAGGACUUGUUCCUUUCUAAGGGGAGUCGCCUCCAGACCCCCACUGAACCACACUCCAGGCUGGUUAUGAAUAGUUAAACUUCUUUUUUAGAGAAUGUCCUAAAUACUGUGGUUAUAUUUUUUUGUUUAAUCUUCAAAAAAAAAAAAAAAUCUGAGAGCAGGGACUGUCCACGUUUUAUAGAUGAACUGAAGCUUUCAGAGGGUAAAGUCAGUCCUUUGCUAAGCACAUAAAGUAUUACAUUGUUAUGAGGCUGACAUCUAAAUUCAGUGACACUGCUCUACUACGUGUGUGCCUCAUAUUAAUCCUACUCAGAGACAAGGAAGCAGGGAGAGGAGGGAGAGACGGACGGUCCUUAUGGAGGCCCCCUGGGACUUCCGGCCGGGCCACUGUGUCCUUUGUUUUAUCCAGAGCUUUAUUUCAUUGCUCUUAAAAAGCAAGAGAAGACUCUGUGGCUUCAUGUUUGAAUUCCUUGUCAGUAUGUUAAAUCAGAUUUUUUUCAUUAUAACUUUUCCAUCUCCAAAGAAAAAUACAUAUAGCAUUGUUGAGUUUUUAACCAAAACAAUUGAUAAGAUAUAUACCUUUAGGUACUGGUAUUACAGAUAAAUAUUACAACAAAAUAAUGUCAUACAGUAUGGUUAUUUAAAAGAACCAAGAAUGUUGUAAGUAUACAUUCUUACAGAACUACACUUUACAGCAAAAUGGAUUAUAUACCUCUUAGUAAAACUGUCUAUAUGAUCUUUUGGUUAGUGUACAAAGAUGAUUUCAUUCUGUUUAAAUGGACUAUAAAAACACAGUUUUUACUGAAAUAGAAUGACUUCUGGGAAAUUUCAUGAACAAAAAUAAAGCCCUCUUGAAGGUCAGUGGCUGCAACAUAGUAACUGGGCAGUGUCUCUUCUAUAGAAGUGCAGAUGGAGACCCUCAUAUACAAAAAGACACCAGCUAUGCAUCUGAGUUCUUAAUACUUAACUAGAAACAGGAAGAUCACUGUUGCUGAGUGAGAUAAACUGAAGUCAACAGCCUUGUUUCAUCUGUUGUUCCUCUCCUGGCUGUCACCCCUCUCCUAGAGGUCACUGUUUGAGCUGAUCCACAGUAUGUGAUAGACAUAUGCCCUGUAUGUCAGGGUCAGACUUGGCUGCUUUCUCCACAUUUAGGAUGUAAAGCAUCAUUCAGUCAGGGAGUUGGGGGUCUUAAUGGCCUUCAGGUCUCUUCAGCACUUUGUCAGAGUUGCUUUGAAUUGUAUAGAAAGGUAGUCUCCCAUUUCUCCUAACCCUGGGAAAUAAUGGUUGUUAGAAAUGAGACCAUUAGCUUCCUACUCUGUUCUUCUCAGGGAGGAACUGCUAUGGUGCUUCACAGGUUCUAAGGUUUGAAGACUGAAGAGUCAUGGACAGGGAAUAAAACUGGAAAAGAGGCCCUUAUUCAUGAGAGUUGGUACCGAAAGAAAUGAGAAUUAUGUCAGGAGGGACUUGGACAAAAUGGCUGAUAGGUUGGAAGUUGUCACCUUUUUUUUUUUUUUUUUUUUUUUUUUUUUUGCUUCUAAGGAAAUACCAAAGAAGGUGAGUUUAUGCUGCAGGUCCUGCUGUACAUAUUUUCUGUGGAGCUCUGGCUGUCCUGGGCCUGGCUCUGUAGAACAGGCUAGCUUCAACUCCUGCCUGCCUCUGUCUUGAGUUGCUGGGAUUAAAGGAAUGCACCACUACUGCCCAACCUUGCUGUACUUCUUAACAUGGAAUUCAUAAUUUACCUCUCAGUGUUUGUGGUUUUCUGCAUUCUCCAGAUUUUGAAAGACUACUCACAGAAGAUUAGGAAGAAAAAAAAAAAAACAGGACUUUUACAAAAACCAUUAAUAUAUGUGAGAGUAAUUAAAUAGUCUUUUGUAUAAUAGUAUUGGUGAUUGGUAUGCAGAAAAAACGAAAAACUAUGUCAGUUACUGUGAAAUAUUUUUAGUUAUUUCCUUAUCGUGUGCUUGUCCCUAAAAACAUUGGUUGUAUGUUAUUUUCAAGCUGUUCUGCCUCUAAGGAGUUGAAGAAAAAACUGUGGUAUUUGGGCUACCUUUAUGAUAAUGGCCUUUUCAUCCUCAUAAUAUUGCCAAGUAGAGUAAACUCCACACCAUAAUCCAUGGUAUUAGUAAAUCAUGUAGGUGCUAAUAACAAAUACUGGAUACAGUCAAUACAGGGAUAUAAAAUAGAAUGUAAGAGCCUGUAGCUAUGAAUGGUUAGCUAACUACAUGCUGUACAAGGAAUGUUGAUGUUAUAAAGUGUGGUAAGUUGGUAUUGAAGAUGUGAACUCAAAACUUUGUGGAUUUUUUGAUGCCAUGAUAAAAAUGUGAAUAAAACUGUUCCUUACCAUGAC